AUGCUACCAAUCGGUCCACAACUUGCCACAUUGUUCGAAAAUCCAAACUUCAUCAGAGUGCUUGAUGACGAGGAUUCAUCCAUCAGAGCAAGGUUCAAGGGCGAUACAAUGCUAAAUUUAGUGAACAACAAGCAUCUAUUCGACAAUAGAUACGACAUUGGCCUGUCCCUGUACGUAGAUAGAUUCCAAUCACACAAAAAAGGCGGUGCAAAGUUGAACUUGGUCAUGCUACAAAUCUUGAACCUUCCUUCUGCCUACAGAUACAAAAUUGAGUUCCUGAUUGAUUUCGACAUUAUCCCAAACACCAAGAGAUUAGACAGUUACCUUCAAUACCUUGUCAGCGAAUUGGAAAAAUUGGCUCAUGAUGGACUACAAGUGCAGAGAAACAACUCCACAAGUAUCUCGCUCAAAGUCCACCUCAUGGGAUCCUUUGGUGAUAUCCCCAGCGUCAGCGAACUUAAUUUCCUCGCAUCCCAUACGUCGCUUCAAGGCUGCCGUUUUUGUACGAUCAUUGGCAUCAGCAAAAAUGAAUACAAAUCCAGUGCACUAGAACUUGGUAUCGAGAGGCCUUCUUUGUUUCGAAACCUGCCAUCAUUCAUUGAUCCAACGUUUGUGGGCUUGGAUGAAUUUCAUUUGUUUGGACAAAACAUGGGACCAAGAAUCAAGAAAAUGUUUACGGACAAGGAAUCGAUUCUUCGCUUGAAGCCGCGACAAAUAGAGAAGAUCAUCGUUUGCUUGAACCAACUUGCAAGCACAUCACCUUUGAUCAUCUUCGAAGGCGAUUUCAUGGAUGUCUUCAGCAAGGGAGGGACAGCUCGAGGAGUAGAUUGGUUGGUGUUUCUAAAGUACUUUGUGCCCACUGUGGAAUACAUCCACUAUGAUCUGCAUUCCGACAGUUCAUCCAGUUACCAGAUUUAG